AUGUUUCCCACGCUCGCCCUCCGAAACUUCGCCUGUCGCAUCACUCUGUUCACACGCUCAAACUGUAAGCUAUGCUCGGAUGCGAAGGAAGUCCUUUCCAACGUCUGGGACAAGCGACCUUUUGAGUAUGACGAGAUCAAUGUGAUGGAGCAUUCUGAUCAAAAGUGGAAGAAUAUGUAUGAGUUUGAUACCCCGGUGAUACACGUAGACAAAGCGAAAGAGGGCAAAGAGUUCAGCACAACGGGCGAGGCCAGGAAACUCAUGCACAGGUUCAAGGAGCAUGAAGUUGAAAAGCUCAUGGAUCAAGCAAUGCUUGAUGAGCCUUCUUCCUCCUCAUCCGCAUAA